GAUUCUUCUCAGGUAAGAAGAGAGAGGGAGCUUCUUCGUUUCCUUGUCUCUCUCUCUCUCUCUCUCUCUCUCAGUUGUAAUAAUAUAUAUCUACUUCUUGGUAGUGAUCUGGAUCUUUUCUCUCUGUGUUUGGGCAGAUACAGAGGAGGAUGAUGGGCUAUCGUUUGUUUUCAACUAAUUCCCAAACCCAUCUUCCACCCUAUUUCAUCUUCGGCAAACCUCAAUCUGGAGAUGGAGGUGACAUCGACUAUUUUGAUGUUUCCAAGAGUGAGUUAAGACGUUCAAAAAAGAAGGUUCCUUGGCCCUUGCUAGAGCCAAGGGGAAUUAUCGGAGCAUCCCGAGGCUUGGUCGCUAUCGUAAAGAAGCAUUGGGUGAGUCUCCAAGAUCUGAACCUAAGUCCUUCACGUUUAAACCGAAGACAGCGUACUCAACUGCCUCCUUUUGUGCCUCUUCGUCACUGCCAGACCCGGAUCGUCACCAACAUGGCCAUCUCCUCUUCUUAUACUCCUAUGAAGGACGACUAUGUUGUGGCUGUCAAGUUCUUGGGACCUCAGCUCAGCUUCUGUAGGCCAUCUCGUGACAACACCCACUGGACCAGCAUCAGAAUCCAAGACCCCAGUUUCUUCACUUCUCAUGUCAUGUUUUCAGAGAGGGAUCAGAUGUUCUCCUUGCUCUCUUCUGGAGGCGACCACAUGGCAUCUUGGGAUUUCUUCAAACACAGGGACAUCCCCAAGUUCAGAAAGCUGCAUUUUCAAAACCUCCCAAGCAGCUUGGGAAAGACCAACAACAUUGAGCUUCGUGACUCGUGUUACAGGACCGAACACUUGGUGGAGUCAUCAGCAGGCGAGUCUUUCCUUGUUAUUUGGUACAGGUCCGCCACUUAUGGCACGGAAGAAGAUAUGGUGGAUUUGGAAACCAAAGGUUUUAGGGUCUUCAGGGUAGACGAGGAAGGGAAUGCUACUUACACUGAAGAUAUUGGAGAUCUCUGCAUUUUCCUAUCCAAGUCUGAGCCUUUCUGUGUUCCUGCUAGCUCCUUCCCUGGCCUCGAGAGAAACUUCAUUUAUUACCUCGAUGUCCAUGAGUCGACCCAGGAGUUGGAGAGGGGAGGUUUCAGUCUCUGCAGAGCUGAUAGCGCCAAAAACUUCUCACAGCUCCUCCACUCGUGCAAGGUCCCUUACUUUUUCCCACCUCAACCUAUGCAAUGAACUAACUUGUCUAAGACAGCCACUUCUAUCUUGUCUUUGGUCUGAAA